GGAUCCAUGAGCUCUAGAUGCACACUGCGUUUAUGUGCCUUACUUCUGUUAUGGUCACGAGAGCAAGCACUGUCAGCCAUGCUUGAUAAGUAUGUAUGUGAGACACAACAACAGAUCACCGGAGAUGUGUUAGAUCGGUUAAGUGGCCUCAGCGAGGAGUCCCACAGACUUGCCAUACAGAGACACAAGUUUUUACUGAGAUCUGUCAUGCGCACACUGUCUCUUCGAAAUAUUACUAUGGCAACUCUCACACAGAUGAGGAUGUCCAGAAAGAUAGUCAUUGUUCAAGAGCUGAAGGAACAACAUGCCUUAGAAAAGGGCAAGUGG